CCCCACAUGGAGGCACCAAGAAGCCAUUGCAGGAAGCUAUGAGGCUUAUGCCUGGUUUGUGUUGAGGAUCCUGAGAGUUGAAGGCCAGAGUUAAGGAAUACUUGCCCCUGGAGGGCUGUACGCAGGGUAUGGAAUCAACACAAGGGGGAUAAUUGCAUUGCAGUAAAAAAGCUGGAAGGCGUGGGAGAGCUGAAGAGCCUUGUGCCGUCACACAUGGACAUGCAGUUUGGCAUCUGCUAGAUUGGCUUCGGUCCCACCUUGAUCUCGUAUUUCCUCACUGUGCCCUCUUUCUUUGCUUUCAGAAUGGAAACACGUACUCUGCACCACUGUAUGUCGAAACAUGUAACUGUGCUUUUAUAAGGGUUGCAGUGAAGAGAUUGUCUUGAGUCUCAGAAGAGACUUUGAACUUUGAACAAUAGUCAGACUGUGAAAGUCUAUGGAGACUUUUAAGUUUGACUAAGUAUACAGUGGGUUAGCCUAAUGCUGCCUGUAUUCUAACCCUAAUUUGAGCCCCCUAUACUUGCUGUCACAAGAGAUGGCAUCUGCAGGAAAGACCUAAGAUGCUGAGUGACCCUACCCCCACACUACUUCUGAUGGGGAUAUAAAGGUGCUAACAGUUUAGGUUUCACAGGCCUGGGCUCCAAGAACGAACAGAAGGGAAGAGGAGUGGAGAACUCAGAGGGAGGAGCCGCCAUGAGUGAGGUGAGCUAUGUGAAUGUGGCCCUGAGGGCUGGUCAAUUGGAGUUAAGAGCAGCCCAGAUGAAAUAUAGUAAAUAGUAAUAAUAUCGAUAGGAAAGUAGAUUCAAACAGCAUGGAGGGCAGACCUCAUCUACCCAGCUCUUAUGUUAAUGCUUAUUAUAAAUAUAAACAUUGUGUAUUUCUCCCGGGAAUUCACAUACCAAAGGAGGGGUAGAAACAAAGGCCAGGAUUUAAAUAAUUUCCACAACAUGAGGGCAUUUUAUGAUAGAGCUGUAAGCCUAUGGAGGGACAAAGGGGAAUGUGGGGGUUUGAAUGAACUCCCAAAGGCUCAUCUGUCUGAAUGUUUACUUCCCAGUUGGUGGAACAGUUUGGGAAGGAUUAGGAGGUGUGUCACUGGGGGUGUUUUUGUGGUUUCAAAAGCCCACAGAAUGUGGACAAGCCCUUCCCUUGGAAUGAGGGGGUGGGGACAGAAGGUGAGCAGGCCUCUCUCGGUGGAUAGAGAGAAACAGAAAGUGGGCAAGACUGUCUUUGACAGGGUAUGCAGGUGGAAACAGAGCUAUGAAAAGCUGUGGAGGACAGAAGACUUGUGGAGGCUGAUAGAUGGAGGACAAGGAAGAGAGAUGGAGAAUAGGGAGAUUGGUGGUCCCCUCUUCCCAUUACCCCUCCCCCAAUCUCAGGGGCCCUUUGUGACAGGUAAGCAGGAGCUCUGUGAUGUAGGCCUGGGAGCAGCUGCUAACACCCAGAGCGAACCAUCAGAGAUCAGUUGCCUGAGGGCAACAGUGUGAUUCAGUCAGAGAACCUUCUCUCCCUGAUGCAGCCUGAAGGAAUGACAAAUUAAAACAUUCGCUCAGGCAUCCAGUACAAGGCCACGCACUACCUUCACGGAGUGCCAGGCACUUGUAGGGCACGACGGUGCCAUGGAACUACCUUCACUUCCGUUUCCUCCAACCGAAUGGAUCAGCCUCAGCUUCACGACGUGGGCAAUGGACAUGAUCCUGGCCUUCGCCUGUGGACUGGGCCUCUUCCACCUGUGGAUACAUGUCUUCCCACUCACCUCACCCUCACCUGCAGAGGGUGCCUCCACCACCACCAAAAGGGUAAGACUGCCUUCCAUCCACACCAACACAGCCUUCUCUAUUAGGGAAACACUUUCCAAAUCCAAUAGGGAGGUGGCGGACAGGGCAUCUCAGCAGACGGGAACCACAUCCGCAUGAGAACUCACGGGUAGGACGGGGAGAGAGGGCUGCGUGAUAUCUGCUCUCAGACCUCCUAGAGCAGAAAGAAGCACUAUGUCUCAGUGGUCACGGAACUGUGGACCUGGGAUGGAUAGGCUCCACUAAGAAACGUUCUGAACACUGGUUCCUCUGUCCCCCUCCUCACAUUAAUGCUCACACAACAUUGUCUUGGUCAGCUGAGCUCAUGUGAAGAGGGUGAUGCACUCCUGGACAUAGGAUCAGGACUUGAGUCACAUCUGGCCUCAGGAAAUGACAAGGCAGUUCGGAGCUGAGCUUCAGCUUACUGAGGUGAAAGAACACUGACCAAUGACAUCCGUGGUGGGUCUCACGGAGACCGUCCACACUUGGGAUUUUCAAGGGAAAAGAAUACAGACUUACCCCUCAUCACAGGGGUGUGAAUGGGGCCGCAGGUGGUGUCUGUUAUCUCUGUCUAUUAGGUGGUGAAGAGGGACCACAACAAGGCCAGGAAGAAAAUCAGGACCUUGAAAGGUAGGCUCCUUCCUUCCCCUGGACAGGUGACUUCAUCUACCCUGUCCCCAAGGGAUGACACCAAAAGAGUUGCAGACCAUGCGGCUGUGGCUGCAUGGAAGGAAUCAGAAGUGAAGACAUUGCCGAGGUGCUGUGCUCAGAAUAAAGCCAGGGACGACCAUGGUUGGCUGCGGUCAGGAGGGUGGUGUGGGUAGGACCAGAAACAUGCUGCAUGCGUCUGCAGGCAAAUGGGUUACUUCACUUCUCUAAGACACUUUCCUCUUCCACUACACUGGACCUCCCUCCGCUCCACAGGGACAUCAUGAAGUCCAUGGAGCUCGGCGGAAAUGGAAGCCUCCGGUCUAUGGUCAGGUCCUAUCCCACAUGUGCCCAGCACUUAGUGCUUUGGGGCCUGUGUCCUCAUUCAGCGAAGCUUGAGCUCCUGUUUAGUUGAUCAUUUCCACAGAAGGGACAUUGCAUUCAGGCUCCCGUAGGCUCUCAGUUCCCUCCUUUACCCACAAUCACCCCAUCUGUAUUUCUAGCUUACAGAGGCUACAGCAGGAAGAGAGGGAAGGAUGACAGGGGCCUGCUUUCGCUCCUGCAGAGGUGAGAAGUCUCCAGUGCUUCCUGGCUCCUCACUCCCACGCCUGUGAGGAGAUCACUCGGGACAAAGGGCAAGGGCUGACCAUGGGACCAGGGGCCCUAUGGGAAGGUGGGGUGCGGGCACAGCGCUAAUGUUUAAUUCGAGUGUGGAGCUGUGGCUGCAGGUGGCCUUUCCUGCUCAGCUUGUCCACCUCCUGCUGCCGAAUGCUCCAAGCUGCAACCUUAUGUCCUGUCUCCUGCAGCCUGCUUACUGACACCAUCAGCUUUUGCCAGCUCUUAAGAAGAGAUGCCUGGGCUCAAGGAUCCAGAACAGAAGCUGCCAAAGACCACCAGCCACCUAGGCAUUCCACAGAGCAGUCUAUGGCCAACUUGCCUCUAGUGGCCUCCUUCCCUCUGGUCAAGGAACACUUGCUGCACAAAGAUUCAACUUUGUCACCUACCCUGCUAAAUUCCCUUACUUGUAAGGAAUCACAAACACUUACAUGUGAUUCUACCCCACCAGUGACGACAAUGCCAAAAAUGCAUCCUUUACCACGACCAUGUGGACCAACCUCCCCAUCCUGUCCUCAAGAUCCAGUGUUCUGCUCUCCAUCCGAGACAGACCAAAGCAUGACUCCUCCUCCUUCUCCUCUUCCUCCUCCUUUUCCUCUGAUCUCUCUUCCUCCUCCUCCUCCUCCUCUUUCCCUUCCUCCCUCUCUUCCUCCUCCUCUUUCCCUUCCUCCCUCUCUUCCUCCUCCUCCUCUUUCCCCUCCUCCCUCUCUUCCUCCUCCUCCUCUUCCUCCUCCUCCCCUUCCUCUUUUUCCUCCUCUUUCUCUUCCUCCUCCUCCAUCUCCUCCUCCUCUCUCUCUUCCUCUUCCUCUUCCUUCUCCUCCCCCUCCUCCUCCUCCUCCUCCUCAAUGUGAGUGGAAAACACAACUAGUGACCUCACAAAGCACAUCUCCUCCAGCUUUGCCUUGUCCCAUGGCAAGCCCCCCAGGCCUUGAGUACUCAAACAUGUCUCCUUCAAGCUCUUCCUGGUACAAGGCGGCUGCCAGGACCUGGUGUCAUUCUAAGUGGUCACAGGAUGACACCCUGCAAGAGGAUCUCCAUUUCAGCUUCCAGGAGGCCUCAUUGUGGACAGACCCUGGAUACAGGCAGCUAGAGGCUGGAGAACCCCCGUUCAUCAAGCCUGAUGUGCAGAAGAUCCUGGAGCUGCAGAUUAGCAAGAGGGUAGAACUGAAGCUCUGGAAAGAGCAAGGAAGGGAGAGCUUUGACCACGCCUUGAGCUGUGUGGGUGAUAUGCUGCAGUCCUGGAGCAGCGAGCAGGCCAUCACCUGCAAGUCAGAGCAGCUGUCAGGUCUCCAUCAGCUCUUUUCCCCCAGGGUCUUCUGGAACAAGUCUCAGAAGGACUGCAGGCACCUUUACUGGGGCCUCCCCUUUCUUCACAGUGAGUCCCUUAUGGCUACUGUCAGCAUGGUGGGCUCACCACUCGACUCCCCUGCCAUCUUUUUCAAUGAACUCUCUCCUUACAACUUAAGACAAGCUGAGAGGAAUGCAGCUCCACUGCUCUUCUCUCCAAAGCCCUUGCUUCAACCCUUGGUCCCUUCCAAUCCUUUGACUACAAACGUGCCAUGCCCCCGUUCUCCACCAGGGUCUGGAGUCAAAACCCUGGCCCCUGACCCAACCUCCCUCCCAAGCCUAAAACCCGAUCCACCUCCAAUUAGGGAUUCCAGGGCUUCCUGCCCCAUAGAUUCAAAAUCCCAACUUAUUUUCCCAGUUGCUGUUCAACACCUAGAUCAGCACCUUUUGAAGAAGAACCAAGAAAGUAGGAGCGAUUUACCUAGUGUAGUGAAAAUGUCACAGGAAGUCUCUCAUCAACUCAUUUCCACCAGUUUAGCUUCCCAGGGACAAGACUCUGUUCUCCACCCCCUGAAGGAUUUCACUGACCCCCAGCUCAAAGAGCACCUAGAGCAACACUUAAAAACCAGGUUCUGGAAACAUGAGGACCAAAAGAUCCAGCUAUCUACUUAUCUCAUGAAGUCUGAGGACAAACUCCCAGGGAUGGGUCAUGCAGAAGAUAAUCGAGGGACUUCAUGUUCCUCAGCACUGGCAGGAAAAAGCAGCCCGCAUGCACAGAGGGUCUCAGCAAAAGGUCCAGAGAUACUCCAGACAGGGAAGGACCCAUGCUGCGAUCUGACAAACGGUCCGGGAAGACCUCUGAGAGAUACUGAUGGGAUCACAGAGGGAUCACUGGCCACAGUUCUAGACUCGAUCGCUGUGACAGAGGUGGAGAACUCUGUGAGACAGCCAAGAAGCAACUCAGCAGGUCCCCAGCCAGGAGGACCAGGAGAGCAGCAGCUACAAGACACACUGAGGAACCACUUCAGUGAGCACAGCCAUGACAAUGACAGUAUGGUGCCUGUGGGCACUUGCCCUGGAAUUCCGGGGGACCACAUGGUGGUCCCUCGUGAAAACUCAGAGACCCAUUUGGACAACUCAGAAAUUGAAAAACCAGAAACAAAUAUCGAAACGGAGAAGCAGAAGUCGUUGAAUGAUGGGUCCACCUUCAAGGAUACUUCUCCUGGGUCUCCCUUGCUAGAUCCUGACGUCCAGCAGGUGCUGGAGACUCAUGUUUCAAAACACCUGGUGAGGCACAGAUGGAUCUUGCCCCUCAGAGGCCUCAGGGCCCUACAACUCUUCAAGGUGAACAAGGCUGUAGCUUUGUCACUUCCACAACCCCCAAGUCCCUCUCAGACAUCUUUGAAAUCUAGGGAUGACUCUGUUACAAAAAUUGCUGCUGUCCUGGGAGACCCUUUUCAGAAAGGUUCAGAAGGAGAUCUGAAAAGAAAAACAGUUUUCCAGAGUCAAACCCCUCCCUCUGCCCUCAACCUUGAAUUUCCAAGUGGAACUCGUCCUAGUGACAAAUUAUGCCCCUCUGAGUCCCCUACAAAUGUCCAGAAGAGCAGAGUGGCUUCCUUGUACAGGACACGCAGCCUUGUAGUCAGAGACCGGCACAGCGACACAGUUCUAGGACCUCGGAAUGACAACCCAGUGCCAGGUCCAAACCUACUCAAGAGUGACCAUGCCUCACAGGAGAGUGAGGGUGCAGAUUUAGACCUCUCCCAUGGGCUGUCAGUUCAGGGGACCAUUGUAGACGCCUGCCCAACAACUAGCAGAGAUAAAAGGGAGCUGGAGGAGGAGGGGUCCUGUGACUGGGCUCUCAAUGCAGAAGCCAGGGAAAUGUCACCCACUCAGAGUAAAGAACAUCUGAAAGGUAUAGAAUCCCUGAAAGUCAAUGAAAAACAGUCACCUUCCAGAGCCAUUUCCCAGGAGCCAGAAGAUUCUGUUACUGCUGUCUUCCUGCAGGACUGUAGCACUGGCAUGAUCUUUCAAGACUGUGGCCCAGAGGUCCUGCUGGAGGCAGAUCUCCUAGCCUCUCAGGCCUCACAGUCAGGCUUCAGGACUAGGUCCACUACCAGCAAAACAUCCUCCAGGGACAUGUACCCUUACUUUUCAAGAGGAGGGAAUGUGCCCAAGAAUAUUAAAUCUGAAGAACCAUGGACUAGCCAUAUCUAUGAUCUAACUAAAUACAAAGAGGGCUUUAGGGGCCCCAGGCAAGAUAGACACCUUUCACAGACGAGACCUGCCCAAGCCUGCUGGUCAGAUACUCGUGAAAACAAUCCCUCCUCUCUACCAGAAAAAACAUUUGGGGACAGGAUAAAAAGUUUUAUGACACACAUUAUGUCAAGUAAAAGUAAAGCUCAGGAGAACUUCCUGCACAAACACAAGGCCUCAUCAGUCACUUCCCUAAGUCAAGGCUCAGUCAUGAGCAGGGUGUUUCUGCCCCCACAGGUAGCUGAGGCUCAGGACUUAACGAUCUCGGUCAGGUCUAUUCUCCAGGAGAAAGUGGGGGUUGGCCAUGCCAGGACAGCCUCAAAGAAAAGUUUGCACAAAGACCCACCCCAGGCUCCUAUGGGCAGGCAUGUCUGCCUCCACAGGACUGCCACUGCAGAAAGACACGAAACACAAGGAAACACUCCCAAGGUACACAGCCAACCUUCCACAGACAAAUGGAUGGACUACACCUGCCAGGUCCAGCUGCUCAGAGAGUCUGUGAUCAGAACUCAAGCCUGUCAGCACAGGUUACAGCCACCAUGUUUCCCAGGCACCCCGGUCUACUCUCCGUGGCACUGCCUGUGUAGAAGUGAGCUGUCUAGAAAAGCAAAAGCUUUUCUACACCUAUCGGGAUAGGAAAUUUCCCCAUGAAAAACUAGUUUUUUCAAAAACAAAAACAAAAAAAUAAAACAAAA